AUGGUGGACGUGGCGGCGUUGGGGAUUAACGAGAAUGCGGCGAUGGAGCUUGGACUCUUCGAUGAGGGAGAGCUUGACAAGCACAAAAACAAGUUCAAGUACUACGAUCCCGAGAGUCCCAUCAAGCGGAUCGCAGCCGUCGGGGUCCAGGAAACCAUUCCCAGCGACCUCGACUCCAGACUCAAGAAGGAGGUCAUCGAGUCAAGGAAAGACAUGGACGAGCAGAUGCAGAAGUACACGGCCUUCCGCAACAACCUGCAAAAAGCUCUGGACGACACCAAGAAAGCCAACCAGGAAGCUACUGUGGCAGAAAAGAGUGCUGACGAGGCUCAAGAUGCUCUGAAGCAGCUUGAGUCACAGGUCGCUUUCUACAAGAAGGUCCUUCCGGACAAUGCGAGCAUUGCGACUUUCGAGACCCAGGUCAAGGAUGCCAAGACCAAAGCGGAACAGGCAGUUCGUGCCGCCAGUGCUUCGGCCGAGAAUGCUUUCAAGCUUGAGGAGAUCUCUAACCUUCAGUCGAAGAUGCUUUCCAGUCAUGCAGCUCUCUGCGCUAGAAAGCGCGCGCAGUGGAUCGUGAACUGCUACAAAGCCGCUAUUCGCGGGGAUGCGCAGUAUUUGGAAGAGGCCAACAAGGUUCACACCAGCGUUAUCGACCAGUAUGAGGCCUGCAUCCAGAAGGCCCCGACGGAGGUUCCUGCUCAGCUCCAGUUUCCUGUCAACGUUGGAACCGUUCAGUAUCCUGUCUUCAACCAGAUUGUCACUCCUCAGUACAUCCAGGGUUACGAACUGCCCACCAACUUUGUGGCUGGGCAGCCUUACUUCGAGAAUAUCGUGACCAGCACGGCUUCCACCGAGCCCAAGUACGUUUGUUAA